CCGCGUCUAGUUCCGCCGUUGUAUUGUAGAGCGCAGGCGGAUCUGCGUCUCGGAGGGAAGGAGGGGGUCGGUGCUGCGCGAGGCUGUCAUGGCGACUAAUAUCGAGCAGAUUUUUCGGUCCUUUGUGGUUAGCAAGUUCCGGGAGAUUCAGCAGCAGCAAUUGGGCAGUGGAAAGUUAGGUCAACCGAAUGGUGAAAUAGAUUCAUCUGAGCAAGUAAAGUCUGCUGAUGAUACGAUUGCAUCAAUUGGCGUUCUUCAGAAUGACCCACUGGUACAGAAGAUAGAGCAAGUGUUGUCAGAAGUCUUGGGUGCUGAGCCACAGUACAAACCAGAUGCUGGACAGGAUACAGUGAAAAACAAGUCUCGUUCCGCUAAAAGAGGCAUACCUGAUGAAGUACAAGAUGAAAUUCCAAGGAAAAAGUCUAAAAAGGACAAAAAACACAAAGACAAAAAGAAGAAGAAAAGAAAGAAGGAGAAAAAAGAGAAAAAAUAUAAGAAGCAGUCCAAGGAAUCAAAGUUAAACUAUGACCACAAAGGGUGUGAAGAUAUUCAGCCUGCUUCUUGUUUGAAUUCAAAAAGCUUAGUUUUGAGCGCAGAGAAUAUGGAUGUAGGAUCUACAUCUCCCUUGAAACAUGAUUCUGAAUGGUUUAUGGAAAAAACUGUGUAUGAAAACGUAAACUCAUCAUUGUCAAAUUCACAUGAUGCGUCUAAUUCAGAUACCAGCAAACUGUAUGCAUCGGAAGAAGAUUCUGUUUUAAUCAAUAUCCAGGAACUCUGUGAAGUACAGGUAACUAAUGAGAAAGAAUUGGAGACUGAUAUCUGCCAGCAUACUAACCUGGUUGUGAAUAUCCCUGUAGAGGAUGAAUUCUUAAAUACUGCUAUUGAGGGAGAUAAUACCUGUGUAAAAGAAGUGGAACAGGCUGAGACUGGUUCAGCAUUGCGAACAGCAGAAAAUAUAAAUGUUCCUGAGAAUAGUCCAAAGUUCAUGACUGUGGAGCUUGAAGACUUGGAAACCAGGGUGGAGUUUCAUUCAGUGGAGGUAAAAGAGUUGGACUCUCUCUCAGAAUCUUUGGAUCCAGAAGUCUUGGCACAGCCAGAAUCCAUUUCAUUGGAAAAGACUGAGUGUAAAUUAAUGAAAACUCAUUUGGAGACAAUUGUGGAAGCGAAAGAUUCAGUAACAACUUUGGGUUUUUUGGCUAUGGUAGUAGGGAAAGAUUUUGAAGCAACUUCAGAAUUUUUGAACAAAGCAAAGGUGAAAGUUUCUGGAAGCAGUUCAAAGGAUGAUGCCAAAGGUAUGAGAGAUGAAUUAGAGCAAGAUUCUGAGAGGAUUGCCAUGAUGAAAGAGUUGGAAAAAACUCUACGGACUGAGUCAAGAUUAGAAAAGAAAGAUUUGGAGGAAAAUUCAGCUACUGAAAAAGAAGAUUCAGAAAGCAUUUCAGAAUCUGAUGAACGUAAAUCCAUUGAUGCAUCUGUUGAACCUGAAACGAUAAGAAUGGGAGAACUAAAAGAAACUCAAACUCCUGCAAUAGUGAUAAAACUAAAAGAUCCACUGAAAUACCAGAAAUCUGUGGAACCAGAGAUGAGAGAUUUCAGAAGAAUGUCAGAAUUGGAGGUUAUGAAGAGGGCUGAUUCUAGAGCACAUAUUUUGGAUAAAAAAGUAGAAACAAAAAAUGUAGACACUGCUGCAGAAUCGGAGGAAAUGGAUGUGAGAUGCUUGAGUGGAACAACAGUAUGUGAAUCAGAAAAAGAAAAAUGGGACAAUAUUCCAGAGAGAAUGGGACUGAAGAAUCUCCGUUCUCCAGAAUUUGCAGGAGCAGUUCGAGUUAAUUAUUUGGAAGCAUCUUUAGAAACUGCAGUGGAAAAGAAGGAUGAUAUGGUUGUUAGUGAAGAUUCUGAAAUGGCAGUUGAAGUGAAAGUCUCUGCAAGCACCCCCAGAUCUGAAAUGACUCCAGAAACUCUGAAAAUCACAAAAACACAAUAUCUGGAUUUUUCAAAGCAGGGAACUGUAACAGAUAUAGGAGGAGAGACUGAUAUAAAUUUGAAGGAUUUGAAAAAAGUUCCAGAGCAACCUUCAGUUACUUUAAAAAAUUUAGAAACUGUUUCAGAAAUGCAGUACCUGACAGGAAUGAAACAUGUGAAAAAUGUGUUACAGUCUGAUGUGACAACACAGGGAAAAGAUUUAGAAAGUAAUCUAAAACCUGAAGGGCAGAGAGAAGAUAAAGAUUUAGAUGCUGCUUCAGAAUCACUGCAUAUGAUAUUUACAAACUAUUCAGAACACAGUCUUGAGCUUUAUACAGAACCUGAAGCUACGAUGGAGGUGAAGAAUUCAGAAAAAGUUCCAGAAUUGCUGCCCAUGGAGGAUGUGAACAAUUCUGAAGCAUUGUCUCCAAUGGAAGUCAAAGGCUUAAAAACUAUAGAAUCCACAACUGUAGUAAAGUUGAAUGAUUUAGAAAAAAAAAUAGAAUAUCUGCACAGAGGUGUGAAAAAUAGGGGAACAGAAUCCAAGGCGUUGACAGAUGUAAAAUAUUUGGAAACAUACGUACAAUCUGAACCUGGGACCAAAGAGAGAGAUAAGAAAGUACCUUCUUAUUCUGUGACAGGAGUAAAGCAGAAGGCAUUGGAUACUGCAGAGUCCUUGGGGAAGGGUCAGUAUGAUGCUGAGACAGCAGAUUGGAAAAUUAAAUCAGGAUGCCUGAGCAUGAAAGACACAACAGAAAAAGAGCCAUCUGCUGAAAUUAAAAGGCCCUUAUUCAUUUCAGAAUCUUUUCAAGAAGUGAGUAUUUUAAAUUCAGAAACAGCUCCAGAAGUGGAUGCCAUACCAGGGAUGCAAGAACUAAAAGAAACUGGACGAUAUAUACCUAUUUUGGAAGUAGACAGCCCUGAUACAUCGGCUGGACUGGGGAUGUCAGCACUAAUUGAUCCAAAAGAUGCUUCCAAACUUCUGAAUACUGCAGAAGAUUUUGAAUCAAUUUCAGGCUACCAGGUGGUAGAAAAUCUUGAUUCUUUGCAGUUUGCAAAUGACCAAGCAAUAAACUUUGAUUCACAGCGUGCUUUGCAAGUUAAAUACACAGUGUCCAGUCCAAAACUCCUGUUUUCAGACGAAUUAACUAAUUUGCAAGAAAAACAGAAAUUAGAAGAAAGCACAGAGGCAGCAAGUUUUACAACAGCCCCAGAAUCUCCAGAUACAUCAGGAACAGAACUGAUUGUGGCUUCAGAAUCUGGUGAGGUUCAUGAAGUUAUUGAUGCAGAACAUUGUUCCAAAACUAUAUAUAUGGAACAGGCAAAUUCAGAUAACUUCCUGAAAUCUUUGUACACGAUGCACUUGAAAGGUUCAAAAACAAUUUCAGAAUCUAAAAUAAUGGAUGCAAAGAACUUGGAGAUAGAACCAGAAUAUUCCCACAGAGAAGGUAUAGAAACUGAACAUUUCUCAGAGUAUGAAUCGGUAGCCUCAUCACAGGUCUUGGAAAUUAGUGAAGAAUCUCCAAAGAAAAAUGAAAUGCAAGAAUCAAAUACAGCAUUUGGAAGUAAAACACUGACUGUUUUGGGUUUGGAAGUGAAUUCAGAAACUUUGUGUGCUAUAAAUAUUGAUAAUUUGGAAGUUGUGAAGAAAGCACAUGUAGCACCAACAUCACUUGGAAUGAUAAGUACGGAAGGAACUCGUAUUCCUGUAAGUGCAAUGGAAGAUAAAGACAUAAAAGCAUCUGAAACAGUGAAAACAAAAGUAGAAAUAAAACACUUGUUAGCAUCAACAACACCUGUAGGCAUAGCAAGAGAAACUUUUCACCCUAUUCAUGUAACAGAUUCAAAAGUCUCAGAAGCAAGUCAGAUGCUGGAAACAAAUCUAGAAUCAGUGCACAAAAAAGAGGUAAAUACUAAACUGGAUCAUGAAGCAGUUCUAAGUGGUUCAGAAACCUUUAAGAAGCCUAAACCAGUUGUAGGUACAAGCACUACAGAAGGCAUGUUGCCAGUUAUAAACAUAGCAGAAGAGAAUAAAUCUGGAACAGAUCUAAAGCCAAAAGCAGCACUGGUAGAAAAAUACUCUGAAUCAGUCUCUGAGUCUAAUAAAGUUUCAGCCACAAAAGAUUGUGAUUCAGCACUGUCUCUGUUUAUGGUGGAUGUUAAAGAUUCAGAAUUGAGGUCUGACUUUUUAGAUGCUGGGCAGGUAAAAACUUUAAACACAACAGUGCAGUUUGAAACAACUCCAGAACCUCUGUGUGUGUUAGAACUGGGGAAUUCAGAUGAUGUUGUGGAACCUGUGCUUACAACAGAGAUGAAAGAAUUAGGAGAAACAUUAAAUUGUGAAGUAGUAUUGGAAGCAAAACAUUCAGGGCCUACUGCAACAAAUGUAAUCACAUCAGAAUUAAAGCCUUCAGAGUCUCUGUGUGUGCUUGAAAUUUCAAAUUCCGAAGGAAUAAUAGAGUUAACUACACCAACAUAUCUCAGCUCAGCACAUUUGAAGCCUUCUGACAAAACCACAGAAAUUGAAACAUUAGAUAGUAAUUCUGAGGCUCCUCUAAAAUCAGGAAUGGACGUUAAAUAUUUUGAAUCAGUUUCAAAAUCAGAUUGUGUCCUGGAGCAGUUUCACUACAAAACUGUUCCGGAAUCUGAAUAUGUUUUAGAGGAAAAAGUUUCAGAAACUUCAGAGCUUGUUUCCAUGAAACAUAUGGAAGCAAUACCAGAGCUUGUUUCCAUGAAACAUAUGGAAGCAAUACCAGAACCUAAACAUGCUCAAGAAACAAAAGAUUUAGAACCUUUAGCUCAGUCUGUGUGUGUUGCACAGGCAACAUGUGUGGAAAAAAAUAUUGUAUAUGCAGAAGUGCGGGAUGUUUCAGAAACUACUCCAAAGUUCUCAGGCAUCAUAGAAAUAAAAGAUUUGGGAGCUACGAUGUCAUCGGUACUUGCAGAAAUGGAAAAGAAGUCAGAUGAAAACUUACUUCUGUAUUUUGAGGAAAAAUGUUCAGAAACAGCUACAGAAUGUGUACAGAUGCCAGAUUUAAUGGAAACUUCUGCGGAUGUGGAGUCAGUCUGCAGAAUAGAGGGAAACUAUGCAGAAAUGGCAUGUGUGAUAGAUAAUGAAAAUUCAAAGGCAAAUUCAGGGUUAACGGGUGUGACAGAGUUGAAAGAUACAGCAUUUGUAAAAUCUAAAACUGGUCCUGAACCUGGACACUUAAAAGAUCUUGAAGCAGUUCCUAACUCUGAAUCUCUUGGAAAAGUGAAAGAUAUGCAAAUUGCCCAGUCUUCUAUUGAUAAAAAGGAAGGAAUGUAUUUUGAGGGAAGCUCAGAAUCUGUGUUAAUUUUGGAGAGACAGGAUUUGGAAAGAGAUUCAACUUCUGUACUUGGGUCAGAAGUAGUCUCUGAAGAAUCUCUGAAAUCUGUUCCUGCUGUGAAAGCAAAAGACUCUGAAGUGGCACUUAAAUACAUUGAUGCCAAGGGUGUAGAAAUUUCAGAGCAAAAUGCAAAAUAUGUAUGUAUGGGAGAGAUGAAAGAUCUGCCAUCAGUUCUAGAACAUGUAGAAUUAGCCCAAGCGAAGAGUUCUGAAACGUUCUCAGAAGGCACGUUGGAGGUGAAAAAUUUGGAAGCAGCUAUGUGCUUGGCAAAGGAAAAAAAAUCAGAAGCAACUGUACUGGCUUCUUUGGAGGAGCAAAUAUUAAAAGCAUCACUGGAACCUAUAUGUGGAGCAGAAAAAAACAAUUUGGUAGUAAGUCAGCAAGUAAUGAGGGAGAUGAAAGAUUCAGAAGCUGCUUCUGAGUCUGUGAACAUGUUGGAGAAGGAAGCAUCUUCAUGCAUCUCUUUGAAGGAUCAGCAUUCAGAAGCUGUUCCAGAGUCUUCAGAGAUAACAAAGAAAAAUGAUGAAAGUAUUUCAAAAGACAGGAAAAGUGAAAAAGUAAGCAGCAAAAGUAAAGAUAAAAGUAAGAGUGGGAAAAAAACCAAAAAGAGUAGAUCAAAAUCUCCUUCUAAGUCAAAAAAGCGUAAAAAAAAGUCUAGAUCACGUUCCACUUCUAGGCAGAUGUCAUCAAGAAGAGCACGUUCUAGAAGCAAGAAUGAUUCUGAUUCCCGGAAAAAGCAUUCUACCUCACGUCGUAGGUCUAGAUCAAACUCGGCUGAGAAAAAAGAGAGCAAAGAAAAAUCACUAAGAACUAGACGAAGACGUUCUCGGACUUCUGAUCGUCAUAAAUCUAGAUCCAAGUCAGUUGAUAAAAGAGAAACUUCACUAUGGUCAAGGCGGAGACAUUCCAGAUCUUCUGAUCGUCGGAAGUCUAGAUCCAGAUCUAUUGACAGGAGAGAAUCAAUCAGGACAAGACGAAGAUUGUCCAGAUCCUCUGAUAAUCGCAAGUCUAGAUCUAAAUCUUAUGAUAGAAGGGAAAUUUUGAUAAGAUCGAGACGGAGACUGUCCAGAUCUUCUGAUCGUCAUAAGUCUAGGUCACGAUCCACUGACAAAAGAGAAACAUCAAUAAGGACAAGGAGGAGACGAUCCAGAUCCUCCGAGUAUCACAAAUCUAGAUCCAGAUCAGUUGAAAAAAGAGAGACUUCAGUGAGGAGAAGACGAAGGCGAUCUAGAUCUUCUGAUAAUUACAAAUCAAGAUCGAAAUCUGUUGACAGAAGGGAGUCUUCAGUAAGAUCAAGGCGAAGACGGUCCAGGUCCUCUGAUCAUCAUAAGUCUAGAUCCAGAUCAGUUGAUGACAAAAGAGAAAUUUCAGUGAGAACAAGGCGAAAACGGUCCAGGUCUUCUGAAAAUCGCAGAUCUCAAUCAAAAUCAGUGGAAAAAAGAGAGUCUUUGAGACCAAGGCGAAGACGAUCCAGGUCUUCUGAUAACCGGAAAUCUAGAUCCAAGUCAGGAGACAAGGAGACACCAAGGACAAGGCGAAGACGGUCCAGAUCCUCUGAUAAUCGGAAAACCAGAUCUGAAUCUGUUGACAAAAGGGAGUCUUCAGUGAGAGCAAGAAGAAGGCGAUCUAGAUCCUCUGAUCGCAAAUCUAGAUCUAAAUCUGUUGACAAACGGGAGUCUUCUGUGAGGGCAAAAAGGAGGCGAUCUAGAUCCUCUGAUAAUAAAUCUAGAUCUAAAUCAGUUGAUAGAAGAGAGACUUCAACAAGAGCAAAAGAUAGACGAUCUAGAUCCUCUGAUAAUCGCAAAUCUAGGUCUAAAUCUGUUGAUAAAAGAGAGACUUCAACAAGAGCAAAAAGGAGAAGAUCUAGGUCCUGUGAUAAUCGCAAAUCUAGAUCUAAAUCUGUUGAUAAAAGAGAGUCUUCAGUGAGAGCAAGGAGGAGACGGUCUAGGUCCUCUGAUAACCGCAAAUCAAGAUCAAAAUCUUUUGACAAGAGAGAGACAUCAGCAAGGUCAAAAAGAAAACGUUCCAGGUCUUCUGAAAACUGCAAAUCUAGAUCCAAAUCUGUUGACAAAACAGACGUUUCAGGAAGUUCAAAAAGGAGACGAUCCAAGUCAUCUGAUCAUAAACCUGUAACAAAAGCUAGUGACAAAAGAGACUCCUCCUCGAAGUCUGGACUCAGAAGAUCAAAAUCAUUAGAUCGGCAGAAGUCUAAAUCCAAAUCCAGGUCCAAAUCCUCUGAAAGAAAAAAGGACAAGGAUUCAUCAGAUGUGACAAAAGGGAAGGGUUCCAAAUCUAGAUCAAAAUCCAAAUCUCCUGAAAAAACAGAGGGAACAGAAGUUUCCGAAGCAACUGUGCAUAGUCAUGCAAAAUCACCUGAACAUCCCAAAUCAAAAUCUAGAUCCAGGUCCAAAUCUUUGGAUAAAACACGAGACAGACCAAGAAGAUCAAGAAGUAAAUGCUCAGAACCCAAAUCGCACAGCCACAGAACAGUAUCACGUUCUAGAAGGAAUCGUUCCCGGUCAUUAACACGGAAGAGGACCUCGAGAUCAAAAUCUGAUAAUCGAUCUCACUCACGGUCUCGCUCACGAUCAUGUUCAAGACGCUGGAGGAGGUCUAGAUCAAGAUCAGUGUCAAGACAUAGAUCUUUAUCAAGGGAGAGACGUAGGCGAUCUCGGAGAAACCGUUCAAGAUCUGUUGACCGAAGAAGGAGAAGGUCAGACUCAAGGGACAGCUACAGAAUACCUCUCAGAUUGCGGUCCCGAAGUCGAACACCUGUUCAGCUGAGAACUACUAGAUCUGCUGGUAGAAGACGGAGCACUAGUGUGUCACCUGACCAUCGGAGAUCCAGAUCUGCAAGCCGGUCACCUAAACGACUAACUGAUUUGGACAAGGCACAGUUACUUGAAAUAGCCAAAGCAAAUGCAGCUGCCAUGUGUGCCAAGGCUGGUGUGCCUCUGCCACCGAGCCUUAUGCCUGUUGCCACUCCAGAAAAGAAGGAAGAGAAAGUUACCCAGAAGUCGGCAAAGGAGACAAUAAUGGAACUUACUGAGAAAUGCAAGAAGAUAGCACAGAGCCAGGAAGAUGAUGUGAUUCUAAAUAAACCUCACGUGUCUGAUGAAGAGGAGGAAGAACAUCCUUUUAUUAAUCAUCCCUUUAAACUCAGUGAACCCAAACCGAUUUUUUUCAACUUGACUACUCCUACCAUAAAGCCAGCUCCUCCGAAAAAUCAGGUUACUUUGACAAAGGAGUUUCCUGUCUCUUCUGGAUCUCAGCACAGGAAGAAAGAAGCAGAUAGUGCAUAUGGAGAAUGGGUUCCAGUUGAGAAGAACAAAGAGGAAAACAAAGAUGAUGUAUUCCCUAACCCAGCUACUCUGGAGCCUGUGGACAUCUCCUCUGCACUGAGUGAGCGGACAAUAGCUCAGAAGAGGCUCACUGAAAACACUUUUGAUUUGGAAGCAAUGUGCCUGUUAAAUCGGGCGCAGGAACGGAUUGAUGCCUGGGCUCAGCUGAAUUCUCUACCAGGCCAGUUUACAGGAAGUACCGGUGCACAGGUCUUGUCUUCAGAACAGUUAUCCAACAGUGGCCCCCAGGCUUGGAUUAAAAAGGAUCAGUUUCUCAGAGCUGCCCCCGUGACUGGAGGAAUGGGAGCCCAACUCAUGAGAAAAAUGGGAUGGAGAGAAGGCGAAGGCUUAGGGAAAAAUAAAGAAGGAAGCAGGGAGCCGAUUUUGGUUGAUUUUAAAACAGAUCGAAAAGGUUUGGUUGCAGUAGGAGAAAAGACACAGAAGAGACAUGGAGCUUUCAGUGGGGUGAAAGAUCUUGCAGGCAAACAUCCAAUUUCGGUAUUGGUUGAGGCUUGUAAUAAAAGAAGGUGGCCACCUCCUACAUUCGUUUUGGUGACUGAUAAUGGGCCUGAUCAUCGUAAAUGUUUUCUCUUUAAGGUGAUGGUCAAUGGAGUUGAACAUAAGCCUACCUUUGCCAGUCCUAAUAAGAAGCUUGCUAAAACCACAGCUGCCACGGUGGCUCUUCAAGCAUUGGGAAUUGUACCAAAAGAACUCUUGGUUAAUGCCACCAGCUUCAGGAGUGCCUCACACAAUUAACUUUGGUUUUUAUAUCAACAUUUUCAGAUAAUUUUAUUCUAUACAAAAUGGUAUUUCCUUCCUGUCACUGUGUACAUACAUUAGCAGCUCAUUGUAAAAAAUGAAGGAAAAUUGUACAGACACCUUCAGGCUUUUCUUUUUGUACAUGGAAAAUGUAUUUAAAUCACAUUUAGUUUUGGUAUGUUUAUAUUAUUGACGUUAGUGAUGUAAUAAAUUCUUAAAUGACUAAAAUCAGUAUAUAACUCUGAAAGUAUCUGUUAUGUGUUUGGAAAUGUAACCAACUUUCCUUGGAAUAUGGAAUGUAAAAUUUUAUUGUUUGUACCAUGAUACAGUUCCUAUGAUCUUGGUAAAGUUUUUGUUGUAGUCAAAACCUGUUAACUUUAGAACAGCAGUUAGUGCUAGACAGAUUUUGAGGUCCUUAUUUUACUGACAGAGAAAACAAAUUAAUGUUUGCUGGAUGAUGUUACUUAUUUCUCCCUCUUCAUGCUAUGCUAUUUUGAGUCUAGCAGAAUAAUCCAUUGCAACUGACCAUUUCUGGAAAAUAUUCAAACCUUACAUGAGAAAAGAGCAUAUCCAGCAAUGUGACGGGUAAGAAUGGUACCAUAAAAAGUCUCUGCAUGUUUCAGUAUAAGAGACAUCAAAUUGCCCUGUUGCCCUUAAACACACUGCCUGAUGUGACUGUAUAAACUUGUGGUUACUAUGAAUUUUAAUCUACAGCCAAAUGUUGUACUCACCUUGGUUAAUAAAGCUGCACAAGUUCAUUAUCUUGUUUACUGACUAAUGAACAGUGCAUGAUGAAAUUCUGUCCCCCUCCAGUGAGAAAGAGAAGUUGGUGAUUUAUGCCCAUGAUAGUUUCCAAUUACAAUUUUUCCUAGAAAACCUGUUGGUUAUUAUUUAGCAUAAAUUCAUUUGUUUUUUAAAGGUGAGCAAGAAAAUGUGCAUUACCGAUGAACGUUUCUGGUUAUCGUAGAGUUUAAAAUCAAGGAAUGCUUUUUAUUAACUCAGAUACUAUGGGUUUAAUUAAACUUGGUAGAGAAUCCCACAAAUUUCAUGUCAUGAUGUAUGAAAGAGGAAAUAAUUGAGCAUUCAAUAUUUAUUCUGUUUUGGGAUUUUCUGAGGCAGAAUUUUGCCACAUUUCAAGCCAGCUUUUUAAUAUUUAGUUUUCAGAUGAUUAAAGUUAUUAUUAAGGCUGGAAGGAAUUAACUGACCAUCUUCUAAACUACAGUAAUAAUUAAAAGGUUAUAUACAAAGAA